UUCCACCUCUGCCGCCGCCCUGACGCAGUUCCUUCAAGGUGUCUCGCUGCCCCUCCAACCCUCCCUCCCUCUCUCCUACCGUGCCUGCGCUGCGACGCUCUUGGCUGCCCGCUGAAGCAAAAUUGGGCAUUCGAGAGGUGCACGGCAAGCGAGGAAGUUUUAAGCUCUGUCUUGUGGAGUAACACUGGUCAUUGUUGUGCCUGGGGUUAGCCUGCGUGCUGGGGCGUGACACAUCUGCCCGCACAGCCUCGCCAAACAGGAGUGACCUCGGCCUUCCCCCAACCAAGCUGACACGAGCGCGAGUGACUUCCAUUAGUGUCUCCAUGAAGAAAAAGAACAAAUCUAAAUGAACUGUAUCAAUUUCGUGUGACCGGGACAAGUGCUGAGGACGGUAAAGCCUUGGCCGAUCCUGUGAGGCGGGAGUGAGUGGUGUGACUCUGUGAUGUCCCGCAGCCACUCUGUCUAGCCAUGCCCCGCCGAGGUACCGUCUUCGUCCACGUCCCCCUCAGCCACACCUUCACCAUCCAGGUCGCUGGGGGGGACGGCGACCCUUUCUAUGUGUCACAGGCUGGGCGGACGUGCGGGCUGCGGGAGGGGGAUGUGGUGGUGGGCGUGGACGGGGCCUCUACCGCACGCUGGCCCCUCGCCCUCCUGCAGCAGACACUGAGAAGGGCGGCGAGGGAUGUGGUGGUGGAGGUACUCAGGGAGAUGGGAGACAGCGCGGCGUCGGUGGGGGUGCGGGCAGGUGGGACGGAGCUAGGCAUCAAACACCACACCGUCACUAAGGCCGUGCAUGAGACAGAGGACUUGCCUGUUGUGUCCGAGAAUGGUAAGAUUGAGCCCUGUGUUGAAUCCCCCCAGGGAGCGCCAACAAGCCCAGCCUCCCCCUCCGCCUCCCCACCCUGUAGUCAGAGCAUGACUCCCGCCGCCACUCCCGACACGGAGGCGCAAACAGUUACGAGCUCCCAGACCAGCCACACCAGCACCUCCUUCGAGUCCGCCGUCAGCAUCCAGAGUACAGGGGCCGAACUGCAGGGCGCCGUCCAGCCACAAGCUAUUCAGAACAUCAGUAGUCAAUCUCAAGCCGUCCACUCACAGAGCAGCAGCAUCAACCAGUCUCACAGCACCAUCAACGGCCACCAGACCAUCCAGGCCACCACCGCCGUCAGUGGACAGCAAACCUUCCAGUCAGUGCAGAGCGUCAGCCAGACACAGUCCGCUCAAACCGUCGUCCAGUCUCAGGCGGCAGUCGGCAUCAGCAGCGGCCAGCCUCUGUCUAUCCAGGAGGUUCCCGCAGACCUGCCUCGCAUAGAAGCUCCUUCCGUCGAUGAAAACGCCAACUCCAUUCCGGAAAACAUCCCCGCACAACCUCAGCCUGAGCCGGUCCUUCAAGCUUCUCCCGCACCAGAACCAUCUCAAGAGUCAGAGCCAGUUGCAGCACCAGAGCCAGUUGUAGUUUCAGAACCAGCGGCAGCACCAGAGCCAAUCCCAGCCACGGUGCCAGAGCCAGUAGCUGCAGCACCAGAGCCAGUCGUUGAACCCGAACCGGCUGUGGUAGAAGAAGCAAUUGCAGCUCCAGAACCACCUAUGAGUUCAGAAGAGGCUGUAGCUCAAGAACCACCUGCAUUACCGGAACCGGCAGUGCCAGAGACAGUGGUUCACGUGCAAGAGUCUGCUCCAGCUCCAGAACCAGAACCAGCAGUGGCAGCAGAGGAGAGAUUGGCACCAGAACCACAACCAGCACAGGAAGAAAUCGCCGAGGAGGCUCCACUAGUUGCCGUCUCUGAGCCCGUACCAGCGGCUGAGCCGGCACCAAGUGUCAUGACCACGGGUAGCAGCGGUGGCGGCGGCGGUCCAGCGGUGGAGGAGAUCAGCCAAGAGCACAUCAAGGAACAGCUGCACGAAAUCAUUACCGAGAUAGAGCAGCAAGUCCUCCCUGAACAGGAGCAUGAGCAGCAGCAACAACAGCAGGAGGUACAGCAGGGAGGUGGUGAUGGUGGUGUAGCUCAGACACUCACUAAGCCACCCGAGGAGGCACAGCCGGUGGUGGGGGAGGCUUGUCACCCCAUGGAGGCUGAAGAGGUUAAAUAUGAAUACUACGAUGAGGAUGGCGUCUUGCACCACACAUGGAAGCCCAAGGGGAAGUACGAGGUGCCCAAGACCGUCAUUCAGUAUGAGGACGUGGUGCCCAUCGCUGUGCCUGACGUCACCAUGUCACUAAAGCCACAAGCUCCUAAACCCGCUCCUCCCCCGCCCGAGCCCGAGCCACCCAAGCCAGAGCCGCAGCCCAUGGUGGAGAUGCACCAUGAGCCCUCAAACCUCACCAAUGGCGCUGUCUCCCCCAUCGAGAUUCCUGAAGGCAUCCCGCUGCUGGCUCGCAUCCUUCCAAAGGAUAACGAGGAUGGCGAGAGGAAGAUCAGCUUGGAGCGGCUCUUCACUCCGGCCACGGACUCCGGCGACCUCACCCCUAAGAGAAGUCCGUCUAAAAAGGCCUUCGCGUCCUCGUCCUUCUACCGGCCCGACCACCCGACCAUCGACGACCAGGUGGAGUUGGCGCAGCGCAUCUCCUUCUCGCUGGUGGAUGAGAACAACAAGAUGAGCCGCGGCCAGUCCAUGUACAUGAAGCGCAAGAAGAGGUCCAUGCGCUGGAUACACGCAGGAGGAGCUCACGACGAGGACGCCGCAGGUUCAGCUGAGGGCGGCGAAGGGCCAGAGGAAGACCUUCUUCUCAAGCAGCCUCCAAUGACCCAGCGCCCCGCCUCCGUGCCCACCGUCCAGCAGGUGGACACCAAAAAACCACCGAUGAAGCUCCUGAUGAGUCCAAAGGGCGUGCAGGACUUCCACGCCGUACAGGAACACUACCAGACGCUCAUGGAACAGGCAGUCCCCACCAGCCCCGAGGUCGGCAAGAUUGUGGCGGAGGUGCAGAGUCCCACAGGCAAAGGUGCUGAGCUCUUUGCCAAACGAAAGAAGAGAAUGGACAAGUUUAUCGUGGACGAGACGACGGUGCAGAAGGCGCAGACCACCACCAGGACACCGCAGCCGCAACCACAGCCCGUUGUUACUGACGACCUGAAUAUGAAGAAGUCCGCAGUCGAACAGAGGAAUCGACAGCAGCAGCAGAUUAUGGAGCAGUUCCUGAAAAGCAGGGAGGGGAGUCUCACCUUGGUCAAGUCCCCGUGGCAGGCGACCAUGGAGACGGGCACUCCUGACGCGGCCUUCGACGAUAAGAGACAGAGGAUAAAGGGACCACUAUUCAAGUCAGCGAGCAGCGAGCAGCCCGAGCUGGCUAACACCGUGGUCGAGCGGGCAGACACCAAGCUUGCCGAGUCGUCGUGGCUGGAGCCCCCGAAGCCGAUGCCGCUGAUGACUCCACAGGUGACCCCUCAGGUGGCUCCCGCGCCUGCAGCUGCUCCGUCAGGCCCGGCAGCCAUCUACUCCGCCGAGGUGAAGGUGGUAAUGCGCUCCUCCCAGCCCCCCACCCCAGCCAUGGACGUGCCUCGGGCCGUAUUCAGCCCCAUGGACUCCAACAACAAGCGUAACUCUGCCAGCUUCAACAUGGCAGCCAAGGGCUGGGGCACCUACAACAACUUCUACUCACCGAUAACCUUCGCUACGUAAAGGCGUCGGGCAGCAUGACCGUCGAAGUGGUCUGAAAGUCAAUCGGCCUGAGAGACGCGACGGAAGAAGCAGCCACCCGUCCCAGGCCGGCGCUGCUGUUACCGCCGGAUGUGUUGUAUAUUUUCGUCUUCGAUGCUCCAAACAUCAUUACACAAGAGUUUGCGAGUUACAUAACAUUACUUUCAAGUGCAACGGAUUUGUUGCCAAACUGUUAGCUUUAAAUAUUAUGCUUUAAUUCUGGCACACACUUUCAUCAGUGAGGCGUUACUUUUGAGUUAUAUAUUGUGUUCUUUUGAUUCUCCUUUCCUUCGUGUAGUUGAGCCGACUUACUGUGACGCGGCGCCUGAGCUAAGGUCCGCCAGUCUUUCUGUCGACAUCUUCGUCUUCCUUUAAUGUAUUUCAUGUACUCAUUAGUGCUCUGAAGGGAGCGACUCUUUGUGAUGAACAUCUUUCGCGUACCUCUUGUUUCUUAACCCUAGUUCGGACCUCUUGGUCGCUCUGUGAGGAAGGAUGCCAAGCUUGGUGACGAAAGGGUAUUUUGGACCGGAACUCUCCCUUCCUCUCGACGAUUCAUUGUUGUUCAUAUUCGUGGCCUCACACCCUCCUUCCCCUCAAGGCGGUGCCGGGACUCCUCCUUGGCUAUUCGCGAUUCAAAAUAGUGAGAAGGAAGGUCUGGCGCGGCGGCGAGGCUGGGAAGAUGGUGGCGAGAGCGUUAGGGCAGCCAGGGAAUGUUUCAGCCUUUGUGUGGUCGUGCCAGCGGGGUCUUCGUUAUCCAGUCCUGCGCGCGUGUGUCAUCUUGCCAUCAGUCUCUCCUCAUCACAUACUGGUCUAGCUUCAUCUCAUUAGCCGUCAACACGCUGCCUCGGAAGGAAGGAGUCGUGCGUCAAGAGGCAGCGUAUGGAGUCAAGGCGCUACGCUGUCCCCCGCAGGGCUGGCCGACUUAUGGGCGGGCGUGGGCUGUGCCUCGGCUCCCACGCACCACCCGCACCCCUGCUCUCACCACACUGCCUUCUGCCAUGUAUCUUGUGGAAAUAAUAUAUAGAGAUAUAUAGUUAUGUAUAA